UUUCUGUGUAAAUAUGCAGUCACAAAAAAGCCAAUGCUUGUAUCAUCAUUUAAUUUUGAUGGUAAAGCUCAUAGUUGACAGUUCCCCCUUGUAAAUGUAGGUGUAUCAGUAUUAUCCUUAUAUCUAAGCUAAAUUAUAUUUUUGAGCUAUUAAAGGGUUUUGACGUCUCUCAACAACCCUAAACAAUCAUGAAGGUUAUUAGUCAAAUUAUUGACCAUUUGAUAAAUCUGUUUUAAGCCAUAUACAAUGUUUGUGCUCUAUUAUAGGCUACUGACUUUUAAUAACUUAAUCACACUAAUCUUAUCAUUGCAAUAAUCAUAACCCACACCGAAUGCGUCACACCUAGUCUACCUAUCAGCAUCACGCCGCCUGUGAGCGCGCUCUGCCUAUUGUCUGUGAGGAGCAGGGCGUGUGCACCCAGAGCAGGAGAUGCGCGAGACACGAUGCAUGGAGCGGAAUGUAAUGAUGAUGGCGUUGGACCAAGAUGAUCUGCGCUCUCGUUUUCAUAUGACGGACAGCGCAUUUGCAGCCUGCAUGUGAAUGUGCGUAUUUUAUUUCACCGUUCCUUGCGUUCAUAUAUAGCAUAGCAUAAUAUUAUAGACGUAAAGGCUUUAUCAUAAAAACAAAUGAUGAAGAGAAAUAGCCUAUUGCGACCACGCUCCAUGUCGAUUGGCAAAAAAUCAGAGGCUGUUAAGGUGGUGGUGCGGUGCCGCCCUUUAAACAAGAAGGAGGAGACGAUGAAUCAAGAAAGAAUUGUUGAAGUAGAUGUCAGACUGGGACAGGUGAGCGUGCGCAAACCCAAAUCAUCCGGAAGCCUCGCAAAAACCUUCACGUUUGAUGCAGUCUAUGACGUGGGUUCAAAACAAACCGACUUGUAUGACUAUGCGUGCAAACCUCUUAUUGACUCUGUUUUGCUCGGGUUCAACGGGACUGUAUUUGCUUACGGUCAAACGGGGACCGGCAAAACAUAUACAAUGGAAGGUGUGCCCACAAACCCUGAGACGAGGGGAGUCAUCCCAAAUUCAUUCCAGCAAAUUUUCACUCACAUAUCUAGAUCUCAGAACCAGCAGUAUCUCGUGAGAGUGUCUUACUUUGAAAUAUAUCAAGAGGAGAUACGAGACCUCCUCUGCAAGGACAACAAUAAAAAGCUGGAGAUCAAGGAGAACUCAGAUUUGGGCGUCUAUGUCAAAAAUCUCUCGUCUGUGGUGACUAAGAACAUUAAGGAGAUUGAGCACGUCAUGAACUUGGGGAACCAAUCGAGAUCUGUCGGAUUCACCAAAAUGAACGAGCGUAGCUCAAGAUCUCAUGCGAUUUUUGUCAUAACCAUUGAAUGCAGCGAAAUGGGCGUCGAUGGUGAGGACCACAUCCGUGUCGGAAAGUUAAACAUGGUGGAUCUUGCCGGCAGUGAGCGGCAAAGCAAAACGGGCGUGCAGGGACGGAGGUUUAAAGAGGCUACGAAGAUAAACUUGUCUCUUUCCGCUCUUGGGAAUGUUAUUUCGGCUUUGGUGGAUGAGAAGAGCACCCACGUUCCCUAUCGGGAUUCCAAACUCACCCGGCUGUUGCAGGACUCCCUCGGAGGCAACUCUAAAACCGUUAUGGUGGCCACCAUUGGACCAGCUUCGUGCCACUAUGAUGAGACUCUCACCACACUGAGGUACGCCAACAGAGCAAAGAACAUCAGGAACAAGCCAAAGAUCAACGAGGACCCCAAAGACGCCCUGCUCCGCGAGUUCCAAGAGGAAAUCGCCCGCCUAAAGGCGCAGCUCGAGGAACGAGGGAUGCUGGCCAAAGAACGGAGGAGGAAGAGGAGAAACAGUAUGAGGAUGACGAGGAGCAUGAGUAGCGGAGAGGUGGAAACUCCGAGAGAUGGAGAGCUGGGGGUCGUUGGGACGGUUCAGGAGGAGAGUGUGGAGGAAUAUUGGUGGAAGCAGCAGAUGGCCAAGACCUCUGCCAAUUACAGGCCAGAUAUUAGCAGGAAACUUGGCAUGGUAGACGAGAAAGCAAAGACUGUGGAAGAGUUGCUGAAGGAGCAACAAGCUAUGGAAAUUAUGAUUGAAAAAUACAAGGCUAUGGAAAGUAAGCUUCUGGUUGGAGGGAAAAACAUCAUUGACCACACCAAUGAACAGCAGAGAAUGCUGGAACUGAAGAGGCAGGAGAUUGCUGAGCAGGACAGAAAGGAAAGAGAGAUGCAGCAGCUGAUGUUUGAACAGGAUGAAGAGACGAUUGAACUGAAAGAGACGUUCUCCACUCUACAGCAAGAGGUGGAAUUUAAGACUAAGAAACUUAGAAAGUUUUACAGUAAGCUGCAGCUGGUGAGGUCUGAGAUUGGCGAUAUCAUCAACGAACAUGUCACAAUGAGACAGGAACUGGAGCAGACAAUGAAUGAGCUGACAAGAGAGAUGAAAUUCAAAAAUCUGAUCAUUGACAACUUCAUUCCUCCAGAGGAAAAGAAUAAGAUCAUAAAUCGUCUCCACUUUGAUAGCGAGGAAGACCAGUGGAAAGUCUUACCUCUUCUCCCUUCAGAAAAUAACUCCCCUCUCGUUCGACGAAGGCCAACUUCUGUAGUGGGGUACAAGAGACCAAUUAGUCAAUACGCUCAAGUUGCUGUGGCAACCGGGUCUCCUUCUAGAUACAGGGCUGAGAACAUCAUGCUUCUGGAGCUGGACAUUUCUCCCCCCACCAUGGUGCCCUUGGACCUUCAGAGGUCAGAUAUAAGAACCCAAGACUUGAUACGUGACUUUGGCCACUAUAGAAAGAAGACGACUGCAUCACGGGUCAUGAAAGCUAGAUCGUGGUACCAAGGGCCAAGUCAUUCUGCUUCUUCAUCAGCCAGCUCUGUGGCCUCUGGGCCCCAGUGCCCAGCCUCAGUAAUGGGAGCUUGUGCCGCAACCUACCAACCAUGAGCCUGUACAGUGUGUUACGCCUGCAAGCAUAGAAAGCACUUAAUUAUUCUUUGCACUGUUUUUAUGAGCUUUAAGCAAUGCCAUUUGUCUGUUUCAACGUCUUAAAGGGAUAGUUCUCCCAAAAUGAAAAUUCUUUCAUUAAUUACUCACCCUUUUGCCGUCCCAAACCUGUAAGACUUUUGUUCAUCUUCAGAACACAAAUUAAGAUAUUUUUGAUGAAAUCUACGAGCUUUCUGUCCCUCCAUUAGGGCUGUCACGAUAACUGCAAUAUCAUAAUACCGCGCUAUUGACGAGCAAACCGCAGCUACCGCGAUAUUUGCAUGUUUUCUAUUUUUUGAAAGGUUAUGUCCUUCUCGUUUUACACGUCAUGCAUGUUUACUAAAUAUUAAAUAAGUUAAUAAUGAUAGCAUAAUGUGUACCAUGGUGAUUUGUACAGAGGCUCUGUAGAUUUGCACUAAACAAGCCUAAACAGACAGUGAAUGUGAGAGAGAUCGACUGAGCGACUACCUGCGUCUGUCCUUUAGGCCGAGACAUAUAUUCGUUGUCUCCAAGGAUAGUGAAAUCUCUGCUUUAGCAUCGACGCAUUACUGGUCAGCUGUACCUUAUAAAGUGGCACUCAAAGUUAAAAUGAUUUCAACAGCUUGUUUCAUUACAUCGCUCUUUAAAUGAAUCUGCGUUUUUGAACGUGCAGUUGAAUGAAUGGUUUAAAGACUCAAAGACAGUCCCUUGCCGCCACCUUGUAGCGCAACAAUGUAGCUGCACUGACUGACAGCCCAUCUAGAACGCGCAGAGAGUAGUUCUGCUUAUACUCGUGAAAUAUUAGCAGAAAGUUUUGUUUAGUCAGAUUCGAGGAUUGGAACUAACUAUUAUACAUGUAACAAUAGCCCUACGAUCUUACUGUCAGGUUUAUGUUAUGUAGACCCUUAUUCCUGUUUCAACGCUCUAUUUAGUUUAGUUAUUGAAUAUGUCCGCAUAUAUAUAUAUAUAUACCCUCCAUUGCUACGCAACUACCACUUUUAAGCCCCAGAAACAUAAAUUUAUCCACUAACCAUUCAGAAACGUCCAGUUUCAUUCUAAAAGUUGUAACUUC